AUCUCAUUCAUUCUUCAUCUUCCUAAUUUGAAUUUCGAUUUUCUGUCAAUGAUUGGGUUUUCGAUUUGAUGGGUUUUCGGAUUCUAAUGCAAAGACGAACAUAUGAUGCUGAAUUCUUUUGGAUUUUUCUUCUUUUGUGGUUAAACCUUGGCGGCGUAGUCGUCUUGUGUUGAACUUCUUGCUCUUAAUUCAUAAAUGGGCUGCUUCUCUUCCACAGCGAGAAAACAAUUUCCUGGAUACGAAGAUCCUUUGAGUCUUGCUUCAGAAACAGCUUUUAGUGUAAGCGAAGUUGAAGCACUGUUUGAGCUAUAUAAGAGCAUUAGCAGUUCUGUGAUCGACGAUGGUCUGAUAAAUAAGGAAGAAUUUCAAUUGGCUCUAUUCAAGAACAGAAAGAAGGAGAAUCUUUUCGCAAACAGGAUCUUUGAUCUGUUUGAUGUUAAACAUAAAGGAGUAGUUGAUUUUGGCGAUUUCGUAAGAUCCCUUAAUGUCUUCCACCCUAAUGCCCCACUUGAAGACAAGAUUGAAUAUUCAUUUAAGCUAUAUGAUUUGGAUGGCACUGGAUUUAUUGAACGUAAUGAGGUUAAACAGAUGUUAAUAGCUCUUCUUUGCGAGUCUGAACUGAAGUUGGCUGAUGAAACAAUUGAGAUAAUACUCGAUAAAACAUUUUCCGAAGCUGAUACAGAUCGAGAUGGAAAGAUUGAUAAAUCAGAGUGGCAUAGUUUUGUCAGCCAAAAUCCUUCAAUAUUGAAGAUAAUGACUCUUCCUUAUCUAAGGGAUAUUACGACAACGUUUCCUAGUUUUGUAUUCCAUUCCGAGGUUGAUGAGAUUGCAACAUAAAAGUUUCAUUUGAUGUCAGAUUGGGAAUUAAGAGGGGUAUCCAUAAUAUUACUAAUAUUAAAGUCACCUAUCACAUUUUUAUACGACAUGUAAGUCUCGAAAUGUGACGAAUGGUCGUUCAUUUGGAGUUGUAUUGUAAACGGUGUUAUUUAUGAACAGUUCAAUCCUAAAGCUUUGUAUUGAAAAGUAUGUAAAAACCAGAGAAUUUGAAAUGGGAAUUAGACUAAUUAGUUCCUUAUAAUUUUGAUCACAUGUUAUUAGUAAUUAUAAUUUUGCUUUUAUUUA